AUGGCUGAAGAAGAACCAGUUUUCGAGGAUCCAGCAGUUCACAAGGUGCCCAAUUACGAAGUAUCAGAAUGGGCGUUUGUUCUAUCUCAACCCAAGAUUAAAGCCAAUAGACCAGAAGUAAUUUCAAAAGUCUUAGAAGUCAUUGAGCAAGAGGAAAUGGGACCUUACUACAAAUACCUAUGCGAAGAAUAUUUACCUCAGGGCGUGUUAAAGUUCGAUUCCAAAUUUUAUGAACAGUUGUGUGACAAGAACGAGCAGCAUAUUACAGAACUCAAAGAGCAUUUAAGCGAAGUAGAGGAAAAUGACGAAGGUGAAUUGGAACAAGCACAGUGUUGGAUUAAAUUGGGUGAAUACUAUGCACAAAUCGGUGAUCGUGUCAAUGCAGAAGAAACUUUAGAAAAGGCAUUACAGAAGGCUAUAUCUACAGGUGCAAAGAUUGACGUUAUUAUGACAAUUACAAGACUAGGAUUCUUCUACAACGACCAAAAAUUCGUCAAGGAAAAAUUGGAACAGGCAAACUUAAUGAUUGAAAAAGGUGGUGAUUGGGAGAGACGUAAUCGUUUCAAAACAUAUUUGGGUAUCCACUGUUUAGCUAUCAGAGAUUUUAAAGAGGCGGCUAAGCUUUUAGUGGAUUCUCUGGCGACUUUUACAUCGAAUGAAUUGACCUCAUACGAAAGCAUUGCUACUUACGCAUCCGUAGCAGGUCUAUUUACUCUUGAAAGAACGGAGUUGAAGUCUAAAGUGAUCGAUUCACCUGAGAUGUUAUCGUUGCUAACCACAACAAAGGCCUUACAAUCGAUCAGCUCACUAACGAUCUCCCUUUACACCUCCGAGUACGCUUCGUUCUUCCCCUACUUGUUGGAAACUUACGAUAACGUUCUAGUGCCCUGCAAAUAUUUGAAUGCUCACGCGGACUUUUUUGUCAGGGAAAUGAGAUGCAAGGUAUACGCUCAACUACUAGAAUCCUACAACACUCUUUCACUAACGUCCAUGGCCCAAGCAUUCGGUGUAAGUGUAGAUUUUAUCGACGCUGAUUUGGGUAAAUUUGUACCUAACAAACAAUUGAAUUGCGUAAUUGAUAGAGCUAACGGUGUUGUUGAAACCAACAGACCUGACAGCAAGAACGCUCAGUACCACUUGCUCGUUAAACAGGGUGACGGACUGCUGACCAAGAUGCAGAAGUACAGCGCAGCAGUUAGAUUGACUGGCUCAGAUCACGUGGCAUAA